AGAUCAGGCGCUCUCUGGCUAUCGUGGUCUGACCCAGCGCGCGAUGAACAACAUAGCCAUCGUUGCAGCCGAGAUCGAGAAUGAAAUGCAUGCAGGUGCCAAGACAGUCACGCCACGUGUGGAUUCAUUGGAUGUGGAUGUGGAUAAUACGGCCGAUAGCGAGGACGAAGACUUGUUUGUGGGUGCGCCAGGUAACGGUGGGUGGACUGAUGUGCUGCUGAU